AGGAGCCGGGGCCGGCCUCGCUCGGCGUCCCCGGGAUGAAACAACCGCCUCAGCCCCGCGGCGGCCCUUUAAAUAGCCGCCGCCGCCGCCGCCUCGCUCGUAGCGGAGCGUCGCCCUGAGCCUGCCCGAGCAUCCUCGCCUCCAGUUCCAUCUGCGGCGGGGCGGGAAAGCAACCAUGUUUGAAAUUAAGAAGAUCUGCUGCAUCGGUGCUGGUUAUGUUGGUGGGCCAACCUGUAGCGUUAUUGCACAGAUGUGUCCCAACAUCAAAGUGACCGUUGUGGAUGUCAAUGAGGCCAGGAUCAACGCCUGGAAUUCAGAUACACUCCCGAUCUAUGAGCCAGGGUUAAAAGAAGUGGUAGAGUCCUGUCGAGGAAGAAACCUUUUCUUUUCUACCAGUAUUGAUGAUGCCAUUAGAGAAGCUGAUCUUGUAUUUAUUUCUGUUAACACUCCUACAAAGACCUAUGGCAUGGGAAAAGGCCGAGCAGCUGAUCUGAAAUACAUUGAAGCUUGUGCUAGGCGAAUUGUACAAAACUCCAAUGGCUAUAAAAUUGUCACUGAGAAAAGCACAGUUCCAGUACGUGCUGCGGAGAGCAUUCGCCGAAUAUUUGAUGCUAAUACUAAGCCUAACUUGGAUUUGCAGGUGCUGUCUAACCCGGAGUUCCUCGCAGAAGGAACAGCCAUCAAGGACCUGAAGAACCCAGACAGAGUGCUCAUCGGUGGAGAUGAUUCUCCAGAGGGACAGAAAGCUGUCCGUGCUCUUUGUGCUGUUUAUGAGCACUGGGUGCCCAAAGAAAAAAUCCUCACAACCAAUACCUGGUCAUCAGAACUUUCUAAACUGGCAGCUAAUGCUUUCCUUGCCCAAAGAAUCAGCAGCAUUAACUCAAUCAGUGCUCUGUGUGAAGCUACAGGAGCAGAUGUUGAAGAAGUAGCAAGAGCUAUUGGAACAGACCAAAGAAUUGGAAAUAAGUUUCUCAAAGCCAGUGUUGGGUUUGGAGGUAGCUGUUUUCAGAAGGAUGUCUUGAAUUUAGUGUACCUCUGUGAGGCGCUGAACUUACCUGAAGUAGCCCGCUACUGGCAACAGGUAAUAGACAUGAAUGAUUAUCAGAGAAGAAGAUUUGCUUCCCGCAUUAUUGACAGCUUGUUCAAUACAGUCACUGAUAAGAAGAUCGCUAUUUUAGGGUUUGCCUUUAAAAAGGACACUGGGGACACAAGAGAGUCAUCCAGUAUCUACAUUAGCAAGUAUUUAAUGGAUGAAGGAGCAAAGCUCCAUAUCUACGAUCCUAAAGUACCUAAGGAACAAAUCAUCUUGGAUCUCUCGCAUCCAGGUGUUUCAGAAGAUAACCAAGUGUCUCGGUUGGUCACUAUAAGUAAAGAUCCCUAUGAAGCCUGUGAUGGAGCUCAUGCCCUUGUAAUUUGCACUGAAUGGGACAUGUUUAAGGAGUUGGAUUAUGAACGUAUUCAUAAGAAGAUGCUGAAGCCUGCAUUUAUCUUUGAUGGCAGGAGAGUUCUAGAUGAUCUUCACAAUGAGCUACAAGUGAUUGGCUUCCAGAUUGAAACAAUUGGGAAGAAGGUAUCAGCCAAAAGAAUUCCUUUUGCUUCUUCAUGUGAAAUUCCCAAGUUCAGCCUGCAGGACCCACCUGUCAAGAAGCCUAGAGUAUAAUGUUUAAUAGGUACCGAAGGAAUUCUGUUGACCUUCUUAGUGAUAAUAACUGUAAGCCUACGCUUUUUUUAAGGAAAGAUAUUUUUCAUAAACUAAAAACCAGUUUUACACUAGAAAUGGUACCUGGUACAUGUGAAUUCAGUCUAUUUUCAAAUCUCUAUUUUUAUAGCAAUUUUUUGGUUACUGAAAAUGGUACAGACCUGUUUUUAAUAAUGAAUCAUCUUUCAAGUGGAAAAGUUACCUUCAAACUGCAGACUUCUGCUUCCAGAAAUGUUCCUAAACUGCACUUUAAAUGUUUCAAGUGAUAUGAAAGCAAAAGAAAUAGAAACAUCUCUUUGAGUUCAGUUAUGGGCAGUGAUCAGGAAUUUUGAUCUCGCUGAUUCUUAAUUUUCUCCUUGGGUAAUUCUUUGCCCAGUUAAAUGCUCACUCUAACUGGCACUGAAGUCAAAAGAGAAGUUCUAAGUGAAUUUGGUAGGAUUUGGGUUGAGCUGGAAAACAGAGGUGACUGCAACACCAGUUCCCUGACCCUGGCUGGGAUCAGUGGGCACUGGCGUGGUCUCAGCUGCAUCUGUUGGGAGGCCAGAUGAUUCUGCAGGUGUCGAUCAUGUAAUCAGCAACAGUGGACCAGCACCUAUGAACUGAUCCACUGGCAGAUCAUUACUUUUGACUCUUUGGUUGUCUUGCCUACAUUCCAUGUGCAGCCACAUAAAUUAUUGAACUAAUCAGAUUCCUGGGGCAAGUUUUUUUUUCCCUAAGUUACAGCAAUACCACCCGUCUUCAGCAGAGGAGCGUUCGGCUUGUUUGAAAAUUGAAUUUAAGCAGAAUUAACCUAAUUUGGUGUCAGUCCAAGUAGAAAGCAAAUAUUAGCUACAAAGCUACCUGAUGGUUAUCUUUUUCCUUCCUUUCUGCUUACGUACUUCAUCUGAAAGCAGCUUUCUUAAUGAAUCUGCAGAAAUUAUUCUCUGCUGUUAAGAAAUCAUUAAAAAUACAAAUUCAGCCCCAUAAGUUAGUCAGCUUGCUACCUCAUUUAAUUAGCAUGAAUGAAUAUUUCCUAUGUUAUUUUGAUAUUUUUUGCCUUUACUAUUACUUAAUUUCUACUUGUUUUUAUUAUUCUCAAUGGGCCAGUGCUAUUAAAAUCCUUGAGAUGAUACAGUUUGCGUUUGGCUUGUUGCGUUGGGCUGUGAAAUGGAGGGGAGGAUAGAGAAGGAUGACCAUGAGUGGGUUUCAGACUACAAAGAAUGUCUUAGUUGAAUAAUGGUAGUGUUGAGAUGUUAGAGAAUUACCCUGUAACUAGUCACACCAUACCUUCUGAACGUACUCAACAGGUGUCCCUUUGAGUACGCUAUAUUAAUAGUUAAGCAGAAUGUAAAAUCAGUGUUGUCUUGGUAAUGAGUGCUAUUAGCAUAACUAUUUACCCACAGAAAUGUAGAUACAAUUUAAGCUUUAGGACAGAUACUUGAAGUUUUAAGGAACUUGUCUUGUAUUGUCUACCCAAACUGUUAGACAGCGUUAUCUGACUGAAACAGCUGGAUCCUUGAACCAGAUGCCUUCAGAUUCCACAGUUAAUGGCUUCCACAACAGGGACUUAUUCAGCAAUCACUCAGCACUUUGGGCAAAUACGCCUUGGGCUUUUUGCCUCAUCACAAGAUUCUUCUGUGGGAAGUACAACAGAAGCCACUCGAAGUGAGUGGGAAUUAUGGAGGCUUAAAAUCAAACUGUCAUCUUUCAUUAUGCCAUCUUCUCUUCCCGAUUCACUAGUGCUGCUUUCACACAACACCCACAGAGCAGGGACAACCCUGUGACACCAGUUGUGGUGUCGGUAAGCACUGUAAUCUGACUGGUAGAUCACCCUGUCUCUGCAGGGUAGGCAUCUUCUUGACUACCUCUGCCCCCAGAGCACCUGAGAGGGCAAGCUGGUUACCUCUUGGGGAUGAAGAGGGUACAGACAAGUUGUGCUUGAAGGAUCUCUUGCCCUGAACUAUGUUUGGGGCAGCACAGCACUGCUUCAGGGCUCAGCUUAACAGGAAGGGUGAGCAGGGAAAAUCAGGAUGCUAUUCAGAAACUUGCACGCAGCUGUAAUAGCAGUGUCUCUGUGUGGGACCUGUCCUCACCAGUUUGAACCCUUAAACUCUUGUGUGAAGCGUUGCUUCUGUGAGGAAUGUGCAAGAGCUGUAAGGCUGGUCAGUGGCACAGUGGAUUCCAGUGGCUUUUCACAUACUUCUCUAAGGAGAUUGAGGAAGUUGGUGCUACACCCCUAAUCCUACCCUGUUUCUCCUGCCAAGUUAGUCAAAGCCUGGGUAGUGACUUGUGGCUUAAUCAUAAAGAUGGUAAAGAAUGGGAAAUUUCAUCAUAGUGGGAUGGCUGCUUUCUGAAGAGCAAGAAGGGGUAAAACUGGUACUGGCAUUUCCCUUCCUGUCUUGGAGAGUUAAGCUUAUUUUCUUGGUGGCCGCAAUCUUUUGGCGAGACACGGAUUGUGGGAUGAAUCACAUCCAUGAUGGAGAGCUGCUGGUGGAUGGUGCCUUCAGGAUAGUGCAAUACCUACCUUACAUAUAUGCCAGAGAACCUUACCACGGGCACAGGAAUGAGCUUUAGAAGCUUUCACAGCACUGUGAAUCAUAAGCCAUAAUCUUCAGCGCACAGUUGCCAGGGAAAUAAGAAUUGGAGAUGACUUGCAUUGCUGCUUUGAAGGCUUGAGUAGUGCAUGUAAGGGAUGGGGUUUAAUGCUAUUGAGUCUGUCUAUGGGAUCUUACAGCAUAUAAUUCUUGAUGAGAAUUGUGUAAAGUGAGUAAUGGACUCCCGUGCUCUGAUGUUCUUUUUUUAUGGGGUUCUUAAUAAAAUGUAAUCCC